AACGCAUUGCCAUAGCUCCGUAAAUUGCAUGUGGAUAAGAAUCCUAAUUCAUUCCCUAUAUAUAUAUAUAUAUAUAUCCCUCGUUCUUGUUAUCUAUCUCUAUAUAUUUUUCAUUAUAGUCAGUUUUCCACCAUAUAUCAUCCUGUGCGCGCAAAAUAAUGGAAGACGCCAUAGUUCUGUACCCCUCAGCCGGAAUGGGUCACUUGAUUUCCAUGGUCGAGCUAGCAAAGUUAAUACUCAAACAUUACUCUUUAUUCUCCAUCAAAGUUCUCGUAUGCGCAUCUCCAUCCAUCUCCCCAGAUGCCACUACGAAAUACAUCGCCUCCGUAUCCACCACCACCCCUUCCGUCGUCUUCCACCAUCUCCCCACCGCACCGCUUCCUCCCGAUUCGUCUCUGAAGGUGGAGCAACUCGCAUAUGAACUUUCAUGCCUAAACAAUCCCAAUCUCCGCCAUGCCCUUAGGACCAUUUUGGAGACAUCUCAAAUCAAGGCCUUCAUCUUAGACUUCUUUAACGAUGUCGCCUUUGAUGUCACCGAUGAGCUCAAAAUCCCCACUUACUAUUUCUACACCUCUUCUGCUAGUAGCCUUACUGUCUUCCUUUACUUCCCCACCCUUCAUCGAAGUACCAAAGAAGAUUUCAAAGAUAUUAAAAAAUUACCUGAAAUUCCUGGAUGGUCAUCCUUCCCAGCCUCAAAUAUGCCAGAAGUUCUACAUGUGCGCAACAGUUACAUCUACAGAAGACUCUUAGAAAGUGCGGAGAAGUUUACCAAAAGCAAGGGAAUCCUCGUAAACACCUUUGAGUCAUUAGAGAAAAGGGCCGUCAGUUCUCUUGUUGAGGGACUAUGCGUUCCAGAUGGUCACACUCCUCCAAUUUACUGCGUUGGGCCUUUGAUUUCCACAAAUGAAAUUACCGAACAUGAGUGUUUGAGUUGGUUAAGCACUCAACCGAGUAAAAGUGUUGUGUUUCUCUGUUUUGGAAGCAUGGGGAUGCUCUCUGCUAAGCAGCUGAUGGAGAUGGCAAUUGGGUUGGAGAAUAGCGGACAUGGAUUUCUGUGGGUGGUGAGGAAUCCACCAGCUGAUAACACGAAACAAUCUGUUUCGGGAGUCGCAGAGGAACCAAAUUUGGACGAAUUAUUGCCACAAGGUUUCUUAGACAGAACAAGAGAUAGAGGCAUGGUGGUGAUGUCAUGGGCGCCACAGGUGGCGGUGCUGAAUCAUGACUCGGUGGGUGGGUUUGUGACUCACUGCGGCUGGAACUCAAUUCUUGAAGCCAUAUGUGCCGGGGUGCCGAUGCUAGCAUGGCCUCUGUAUGCAGAGCAAAAGAUGAACAAAGCAUCUUUAGUGGAAGAAGCGAAGGUGGCCUUGCCGCUGGACGAGUUGGAAGAUGGAUUGGUGAGCGCGGGGGAGCUGGAGAAGCGAGUUAGAGAAUUGAUGGAAUCUGAUACCGGAAAACAAGUGCGGGAAAGGAUUCUAACUUUCAGAAAUGAGGUCGGACCAAGUAUGGAGAAGGACGGUUCAUCUGUCACCGCUUUGGCCAAGUUUAUUGAUCAGAUACAAGUUUCAUCGGUGGCUUAAAUUGGAAAUUUAAUGAAGUAAUUGGAGAUACUUAUAGGAUAAUUUAUUUCUGAACUCUGCACUCCCUCGGUUUGCGAAUAGGUAAGGCGAUUUGAAGGUUUUUUUUUUUAAAUAUUUCUAAUUUUUUAUUAUGUUUUAUUUGUUGUUUCUUCUCUUUCCGUAUGGUAUUAAUAUUUUA